AUGAACGCGAAGCUCGAAACCUUCGGUGUUAAAAUCCACCACUUCACUGUCAGGAAGGUGAGGAUUCCGCAGGACAUGGCCGCGGACUUCGAGGAGAAGACGCUUUACGAGUCCAAGACUCUGGAGAAGCAGAUGCAGCAGGAACGGGACCGAUUGCACCUCGACCAGAGCGAGGCAAAGAUGAAAUUGGAAGAGGAAUGCGAAAAUGCCAAGAUGGCACAGGAGGAAACCCAAGGAACCAGCUUGGCGCAGCUCGUCAAAGAAGUCCGCCAGGUGGAAGCAACUACCACCAAGGAGCUGAACCUGAAGGCGGCGGAGAGGGAAGCUGAGGUCACAGACGUGAAGGUGAAGAGCGAGCUGGAAUAG